ACACAUCUUUUUGGAAUGACUGUAUAUCAUCUGGAUUACGUGGCUGUAUGUUAAUUGAAUUAGCAUUGAGAGGAAGGUUACAACUAGAGGCUUGUGGAAUGAGACGUAAAAGUCUUUUGACAAGAAAGGUGGUCUGUAAGUCUGAUGCUCCAACAGGGGAUGUUCUUCUUGAUGAAGCUCUGAAGCACGUUAAGGAGACGCAACCCGCAGAAACAGUCCAGAACUGGAUUGAAUUACUCAGUGGUGAGACAUGGAAUCCUUUAAAAUUGCAUUAUCAGUUAAGAAACGUGCGGGAACGAUUAGCUAAAAACCUGGUGGAAAAGGGUGUACUAACGACAGAGAAACAGAACUUCCUACUUUUUGACAUGACGACGCAUCCUCUUACCAACAACAACAUUAAACAGCGCCUCAUCAAGAAGGUACAAGAAGCUGUUCUUGAGAAAUGGGUGAAUGACCCUCAUCGUAUGGACAAGCGCUUGCUGGCCCUCAUUUAUCUAGCCCAUGCCUCAGAUGUCCUGGAGAAUGCAUUUGCUCCUCUUCUGGAUGAGCAGUAUGAUUUAGCCACCAAGAGAGUUCGGCAGCUUCUGGACUUGGACCCAGAAGUAGAAUGUCUGAAGGCCGGCACCAACGAGGUUCUGUGGGCAGUGGUGGCUGCGUUCACCAAGUAACUGUCAGAAUGAAACAUUUCCUUUUUCUCAUGCAACCAGUAGUUUUUCUUCUAUUGACUUCUGGUUUUCUGCAGUUUGUACUUCCCACACUAUAAUUGGUUUUUAUGAAAUGGUGGGUGGCUUUUUCUUUUUUGUGUGUAUGCAGGAUUCUGCUGGUACGAGAGGCCUUCCUCUUUCUGUUCUUAACAAAUUUUACUGCCAUAUUGGCAUUCCAUUCCCCCUUGCCAUUCUCACUGUUACCUGUUUUGGGUUUCUGGUAUACUUUCACUUUCAAAGUACCUCCAGUCACCCCAUAUGCACAGCUUUUGGAUUACCUCAGCUUGAGUUUUCCCUCCUGUGCAUGUACAUUAGCAUUCUGCCUAUAAUUCAGACAAGUCACAACAAGGCCUUCAACUCACCAAAGGUAAAUAUCUGUAUCUAUUAGGAAAUUUUAUACAUAGACCUCAGUUGAGAUGUAUACUUAGCAAAAUUAUUUUUAAAUUGAAACAGCACAGUAAAUACUUAAUAUAAAUUGUCCCCUGGAUUUUGUUUCCCAUGUAAAUCUAUUGUAUUAUUACAAUUAUGAUAAUUUUAACUAUUCAGUCAGAGAGGUCCAGUUGUUUCACAAAGCCAGUUUGGGAUGGGCUGCAUUCCACUUAUGCUGUAUAUAGUUUGAAUUAUAUAUAAAUUGCUCCUUCUGGCCACCCUUGCCCCCCGUCUUAGUAUUUUGCAAGGUUUAGUUAUACACCUGGUGCCCCCUCACACCUGCUGCAGUCAUAAUAUGAUGGCAGAAUAGACCUCUCAUCAUAGGAGGAGAUGGAAAAGAUGAGUAUCUAAUUGGUUGCAGGAUUUUUUUGAGCUGUGCCACUCAUGGUACUCUUUGCCUAUGCAUUUCUGGAUUUUUUUUUAUUAACACUUUUUUUGAUUUCUGUAGGAAAGAGGCUUGUGACCAGUACUAAUCUUAAGUACAGUUUUUUCUUCUGUCCAUAAGUAAAUUAAUGUCUGCUCUGAAAAGUCAAUUUUUAUACUUUCUUGAAGAAAAAAAUCAAAUGUCCUAGCACCUGUUGCAUGUAAAUUGGUAGCAAGUAAUGACUACAACUCAGAUGAUUAAGAAUUUUGUAACAGAAAGCUCUGCUAUGUUUUAAUUUUUUUUAGAUACAAUUAUGAUAAUUAGCACAUUGUAAGAUUAUAAGUCUUUGCUUUUUAAAGUUUAUUUUUACUAUUUCUUUAUCACUGUUUAUCGUACCACCAUUGGUUUCAUAAUGUAAAUACUAUACAUUGAAAAAAUUAAAUGUCAAAUUUUUUAUUACCAUAGUUUUGUCAAUAGUGGGGCUUUCAGGUGUUUAGGAAUUUUUUUGGGGGUUAACAUUCACUGCAAAAGUACUAGAUGGUGUAUAACUCUAGAGUUGAAUUUUAAGGGAUUCCCUAAUAUGUAUACUAUCUUUUUAUCUGAAGUAAUAAAUAAACUAUGAUCUUGAAAGUGCCUGAAUCAG